ACAAAUCACACAAAAGAUUCAAGGACAUCCACUAAAAGCAACCGAAACAAGUUUACAAUUGGCGGUUGCUCGAUUAUGAAAUCAAGAAAAGCAUCAACAAAACAACUUCCAAGAAAACCUUCUCCAGUACACAAAACAAAAAGGGUAGAUCUGAAAACACACAGAAAACUGAGAAUUCCCAGUUUCCAUGUCGUGGCACAGCUUCAAAGAGACUCUCAAGCCCUGCACUAACCUUUCAUCCUCCUCCUCUGAACCCAUCUCGUCUUAUUCACAGUCUUCAGUUUCCCACCAGUUUGACAUCCAAACAAACCCUAGAAAACCCCCCAAAUCCUCUCUCUCCCAGCAGCUUCUGCGCCUCCAAGACCCCCAAUUUCUGCCCCAAACCCAGCCACAAAGCCAGCCGGAGCAAACCCAGUUGGUAAAUGAAGGUGCUGGAGAGGAUGAGGAUGAGGAUGAAGAUGAUGAAAAACAAGGUGGGUCUGGGAAACCCGUGUUGGAUUCUUUCCAGUUUGAUCAAACUGGACCCUACGAACCACUGGUUCUGUCUUCGCCCGGAGUAACCCCCGUGAUUCAGGUUCCUGCAUCCAUAAACUGUAGACUUCUGGAGCAUCAAAGAGCAGGAGUGAAGUUUUUGUACGACUUAUAUAAGAACAACCAUGGGGGCAUUCUUGGAGAUGAUAUGGGGCUGGGAAAGACCAUUCAAACAAUUGCUUUCCUGGCAGCUGUGUAUGGAAAAGAUGGAGACUCGGGUGAAUCCACAUCUCUAACUGGAAAUCGGGUUGGGAAGAAGGGCCCUGUGCUAAUAGUCUGUCCUACUUCUGUUAUUCACAAUUGGGAAUGUGAAUUCUCUAAGUGGGCAACAUUCAGUGUGUUUGUUUACCAUGGACCAAACCGUGACCUGAUUUUUGAGAAACUAGAAGCGCAUGGCGUCGAGAUACUCAUAACCAGUUUUGACUCGUUUCGAAUUCAUGGCAGCAUUAUGUCAAACAUACAAUGGGAGAUUGUGGUCGUUGACGAGGCACACCGGCUUAAAAAUGAGAAAUCAAAACUAUACAUAGCAUGUUUAGAAAUUAAAACCCUGAAAAGAUAUGGUCUCACAGGGACUGUAAUGCAGAAUAAAAUUAUGGAACUAUUCAAUCUCUUUGACUGGGUUGUUCCUGGGAGCUUGGGAACUCGUGAACAUUUUAGACAGUUUUAUGAUGAACCCCUAAAGCAUGGUCAAAGGUCAACUGCUCGGGAAACAUUUGUUCGGAUUGCUGAUGAGCGGAAGCAGCACCUUGUGGAAGUUCUACGUAAAUAUCUAUUAAGAAGGACGAAAGAGGAGACAAUUGGACAUCUUAUGAUGGGUAAGGAAGAUAAUGUUGUAUUUUGCGCCAUGAGUGAAUUGCAAAAGCGAAUUUAUAGGCGAAUAUUACAGCUGCCCGAUAUCCAAUGCCUUAUAAAUAAGGACCUCCCUUGUAGCUGCGGAAGCCCCCUUAAACAAGUAGAAUGUUGCAGAAGGAUUGUGCCGGAUGGAAUCGUGUGGCGCUACAUUCACAGAGAUAAUCCUGACGGUUGUGACUCAUGCCCCUUUUGCCUUGUUCUUCCUUGCCUUAUCAAGCUUCAACAGAUCAGCAAUCACCUGGAGCUAAUCAAACCCAAUCCCAGGGAUGAGCCGGAUAAACAAAGGAAAGAUGCUGAGUUUGCCUCUACUGUUUUUGGUGCUGACAUUGAUUUGGUGGGAGGGUAUGGUCAAAAUGAAAGCUUUAUGGGCCUGAGUGAUGCUGAACAUUGUGGAAAAAUGAGAGCACUGGAGAAAUUGAUGUUCUCAUGGGUUUCAAAGGGUGACAAAAUCCUCCUCUUCAGUUACUCUGUCAGGAUGCUAGACAUACUAGAGAAGUUUCUAAUCCGCAAAGGCUAUUGUUUUUCACGACUUGAUGGUUCCACUCCGACUGGCUUGCGUCAAUCUCUCGUUGACGACUUCAAUUCAAGUCCUAGCAAACAGGUUUUCCUAAUAUCAACUCGAGCUGGUGGGCUGGGAUUGAAUCUUGUCAGUGCAAACCGUGUGGUGAUAUUUGACCCAAACUGGAAUCCAGCCCAAGACUUACAGGCCCAAGACCGGUCAUUUCGUUUUGGGCAGAAGCGACAUGUUGUGGUUUUCCGCCUUCUCGCUGCUGGAUCACUUGAGGAACUUGUUUAUUCCCGCCAGGUGUACAAGCAGCAGCUAUCAAAUAUUGCUGUUUCUGGAAAAAUGGAGAAACGAUAUUUUGAAGGUGUCCAGGAUUGCAAGGAAUUUCAGGGCGAGCUUUUUGGAAUCUGCAAUCUAUUUCGUGAUCUAUCUGACAAGCUUUUUACCAGUGAGAUCAUAGAAAUACACGAGAAACAAGGAGAUAAAAAUGGGCAUUGUGCCAGUAGAAAACAGGAUCUUAAUGAACUUGGGAUGUAUUUUCUUCCUGUGAAAGAGGCAAAUGAAACUACUUCAUCUGGGACUGCUGCAAGUAAACCUAAAGAUACUCAGAGACUGUUGACAACUAAGCCAGUACUAUCAGAUUUAGGAAUUUUGUAUGCUCAUCGCAAUGAAGAUAUCGUCAACUCUGGGCCUGGGACCCAAGGAAAGAAUGAAGUGGGCAUGCCUAAAAAAGAUGGCAUUACGCAGUCACGUCUCCCCACUGUGAGGAGGAAAUCAGAUGCGGUUUGUGGGAAGGAAAAUGCUGCUGCUUCAAUCAAAUCCAGGAAAAAGAGCCAGUAUAGCCUCCUUGCACAGUUCAUGAAUAUGGGAGAGGUUGAGUUCAGCAAGUGGCUAAUGUCUGCUACUCCUGCAGAGCGGGAAAGAGUGCUUCAAGACUUCAAGAGGGAGGAGAAGGUACCCGAUGGUUGAUGCUCCCUUCGCCUUGUUUGUACACUAUUCUAACUCUAGUUGUACAUUAUUGUAGUAUAUGAAAAGAAUGGAGUACAGGUUUCUCACUGUUUGUUGAUAAUUUUUUCCUCAAUAUUUGGUUGUAUAAUUGUCUGUUCAUCUUUAGUUUGAUUACUUGCGGCAGAGCAAUUUCAAAAAAUAAAAGUUCAUUGUGGCAGAUAGCCCUAAA